UAAAAUGAGUUUUCCCUCUUUUUUAGUAUUUUAUAACAAAGUCAAUGUCACCAACCCAGAGGCCAGAUCCAUUCCUGAUCAAGGUGAGUGAGUCUUCUACUUCAACCACACUUAUCUUUAAUUUGCUUUCCAUCUUCUAAUCAUCAUAUCAUUUUUCAAUCAAGUCUUCCACACUUAGCUUUGCUUCUAUUUCGUUAAUUGCAAUUUCCAUCAUUAUUAUUUUGAAAGAUAUAUAUAACGCAAGAGAAAAUGAGAAUAAAUAACCUAUGCAAAAAACUCAUUACUACUUUGCAUUGCAAUACUAGAAGUAGAUGUUGUGUUAUGUCAUGGAGUUUAUUAGGAUGCAUACUUUUGCUUCAUCUAUAUUCCAUCAUUCAACAAAAACAUGAAGAAGGUGUAGAGUUUCAAUUCAAUGUGAAUCAUCCUCAUCCUCUUUCUCAUUUCCAUGAACUCCAACAAGUUGAAAAAGAGAACUUCCAAAUUCCACCACCAAACAAAAAAAGGUUACAUCAAAGCAAGUCAAUAACACCAUUGGUUGAUGAAUUCUUGGAUGAACAUUCACCACUUAGACAUGUUGUUUUCUUUCCUGAUAAAACUAGUGCUGUUGAUCCAAUGAAGAGUAAAGGGAAUGAUAGUUAUUACUAUUACCCUGGUAGAGUUUGGUUGGAUACUGAUGGAAAUCCUAUUCAAGCUCAUGGUGGGGGCAUUCUAUUUGAUGAGAAUUCAAAUACUUACUAUUGGUAUGGUGAAUAUAAAGACGGGCUUACUUACUUUGCUCAUAAGAACAAAGGACCUGCUCGUGUGGACAUUAUAGGAGUUGGUUGCUAUUCUUCUAAGGAUUUAUGGACAUGGAAAAAAGAGGGUAUUGUAUUGGCAGCAGAGAAAACAAACAAAACACAUGAUCUACACAAGUCCAAUGUACUUGAGAGACCAAAAGUAAUUUACAACAAAAAAACCAAAAAAUAUGUAAUGUGGAUGCACAUUGACAGUGCCAAUUAUGCAAAAGCUUCUGUUGGCAUAGCAUUGAGUGAUACUCCUAUCGGCCCGUUCGAAUACCUCGGCAGCCGAAGACCACAUGGAUAUCAGUCUAGGGACAUGACAAUUUUCAAAGAUGAAGAUAAUGUUGCAUAUCUAAUAUACUCAUCUGAACAAAACAAUGUAAUGCACAUUGGACCCUUGACAGAAGAUUAUCUCAAUGUGACAUCUGUUAUGACAAGGAUUUUUGUCGGACAGCGAAGAGAAGCGCCGGCUAUGUUCAAACACAAAGGAACAUAUUACAUGGUUACAUCAGGUUGUACUGGUUGGGCACCAAAUGAAGCACUUGUUCAUACUAGUGAGUCAAUUUUGGGGACAUGGGAAACAAUUGGAAAUCCAUGUGUUGGUGGAAACAAAAUGUUUAGAGUUUCUACUUUCCUUGCACAAAGCACUUUUGUGCUGCCAUUGACUAAGUUUCCUGGUUUGUUUAUCUUCAUGGCUGAUAGAUGGAAUCCAAGUGAAUUAAGAGAUUCAAGAUAUGUUUGGUUGCCUUUGAUUGUUGAUGGAAGUGAUGAUCAAGCACUUGAGUAUGGCUUUGGAUACACAUUGUGGCCUAGAGUUUCUAUUUAUUGGCAUAAGAAAUGGAAACUUCCUAUGGGUUGGAAUACAUUCAAAUAAUGUAGUAGCUUUUUGGGUACAUUUGUUUUCAAUUUCACCAAGGAAGCAUGAAUCCUUUAGACGUGUAUCCAUCUAUCAGGGAUUUGGAUCUUCUUCAUUGUACCUUUCACUUGUUUUUUCUCCAUUUUCAAUCACCACAAUGGUUGAGAUUACACUUCGGAAAAAUUGAGAGGUUUUCCAAUUAAGAAGAUCCAUUUCCAUGUAUCAAAGACUUUUAUGGAUAAUGUAUAUGUUCAUAGAUGUACUUUUGACACUUUUUUUAAAAUUUAUUUAGGGGUAAAUAAAUUUUAUAUUUUGUUUUUA